AUGAGUGCCGCGUGGAUGUACAACGGAGUUGCUCCCCACAGCCUUGCCGCGUACGCAUCCUCGCUCGCCGGUGACUAUGUUCGAGUGGUUCAAGAAACCGGAGGCUUCUCACAAGUACGUCGACCUGAUCAUGAAGGCGUCGUCCAGGUGGGCAAACUGGGACCCACCGAAGAUUAUCCAGGCGAGCGACAGUUUUAUCCGAGCCUGUUUUCUGAGGCUGACCCCGUUGAAAAUAGGCUGGUGACUUUGGCUACAUCGACAAGAGGUCUGGCCAGUUUCAACGGACAGGGAAUAUCUACAAGCAUCCCAAGACGGCCGAUGGCGAAGAAGCACUCUGUGAAUGUCCAGUCCACCGAGGACAUCAUAGCCACUAAGACAUCCACUUCUGUGAUUCGGCCAACUCUUGCUUAUUCACUCGCAGAGGAGUUGGGAACGAUGCAAAUGUCAAAUUUGCCGCAGAAAUCAAGUUCGACAACUGUCGGGGUCAUGCAUAAACCGCGUAUGAGCGUGGUGCCAGAUGAGCUCUACCAAGCGACGGUGGACGACGAGUCUCUCAGGGCUUUCUUCGAAGACAAGAAGCUUAUGCUCGUCAUGGAAUCAUUCAUAUGUGACGGCUAUUUUCUGUACCUGUCGAGCAAAAAGGCAGAGAUCAUCUAUGUAAGCCUGAACGCCAAUGCCUCCAUCACCGGGGGACCCUCUGCAGGCGCAAAAGCCUCUUGGGCAAUGGAAGGUGGUUCUGGUACCUUUCGUAGAGGUUACCGAACAGGCACGGAAAGGUUUACGCCACUCUAUUGCCUGAAGGUCGUCCAACCACCGCCCGGUAAACGGGGCGAGAGCCAUCACCCCAACUUGUCACAUAGGGGCACACCGUCGCCACUGCCCGGUCAACAGCACGAGAGCCCUGACUCUAACUCGCCACAUAGGGGCACACCGUCGCUACUGCCCGGUAAAUAG